UUCUUGGUUACAGGUGCCUAUGGUGCUCAGUACAGUCAAACAUCUUAUCCGGACUAUUAUGGAGGGCAAAUGUUCGUUUCAUCGCAAGAAGAACCUGCUACUGAAUGUGAUUAUGAAAAUGAACCACCAUUGUUGGAAGAAUUAGGCAUUAAUUUCUUGCAUAUAAGGGAGAAAACUCUAGCUGUAUUGAAUCCAGUUGGUACCGUAAUAGCUGAUCAAGAUUUAGCAGGACCGCUAGCUUUUUGUCUUCUUUUUGGAUUGGCUCUUUUGCUGCAUGGCAAGGUACAUUUCGGUUAUAUUUAUGGCAUUGGUGCAUUAGGAUGUAUUGGAAUGUAUGCUUUAUUAAACUUAAUGGCUACUGAUAAAUCUAUAUCCUUCACGUGUACAGCAAGUGUUUUGGGCUAUUGUCUUCUUCCAAUGGCUCUGCUUAGUUUGAUUGCUGCUGUUUCAAAUUUCCAGGCAAAUUGGGGUUAUUUGCUAUCUGGUACUGCAGUUUUAUGGUGCAGCAUAUCAUCAUCCAAAUUAUUUGUUGUAAUGUUGGCUUUAGAUGGACAAAGAUUGUUAGUCGCGUAUCCUUGUAUAUUGUUGUAUUGUGUCUUUGCUUUAUUGGCUAUUUUUUAA